GAACAUUUAAACGCACUCCUCAAGAAAUGGAAGGAAAAUAGCUGUCUGGAAUAUUUCUCAGCACAAAUGGAAUCGCACCUUGAAAAAUCUGUCAUUCUUGAAGGGACCAACUCUAGACAACAAUUUGAGCAUUACAAAUUUCUCACAACAUGCAAGAAAGGAAAGGUUUCUCAAUUUACAACUCUUCCGAGUUUCUUCUUCCUUUCCGUCCCACCUUGA